UGACCGUGAACCAGUGUUGUGCCAUAUACGGGAGUUGCCCAGGGCCGAUGACGUUAAGAUGGCUGAUCUUCUUCGCUUGCGCAGUUUUUGCACAGUCAGAUGAUACUAGAGAAUAUCGGAGGGACAAGGCCUUAGGGAGACAGAAUGGAGGAGCCUUCCAGUGUCCUUCAGAAGGGUUCCACCCACAUCCCAACGACUGCAAGAUCUUCUACCGCUGUGUGGAAUGGGGAUCUUCCGGACAACCUCAGCUGACAGCCUUCCAGUUCGAGUGUGGUCCUGGAUCUGUCUUUGACAAAGACAGCGCUAUCUGCAUCCACGCCUCAGCUUCUCCAAGAGCAGAGUGUAGAGCCCUUGCUCCUCCUCCGGACCCAGAACCUGAACCUGGCCCAGGGGAAGGAAAUAACGAUGUUUCUCCUGUAGCCAACCCAGAACCAGGACAGUCACAGCCCGUUAGACCCGCAUAUCCAGAGUCGAAGCCAUCAGGAGGGGCGGAGUAUCCUGAUUAUGACGGAGGAACUGGAGGAAAUGAGGACGGCGAAUCACAAGGAUCAAACGAACAAAAGGUUGAAACACCUCCAUGCGCUGGAGAAGGGUUUUUCGGAGUCAAGGGAGCUUGCAGGCAGUUUUACAGAUGUGUGACUGAUGGAGCCGGAGGGUAUAUAAAGUACGACUUUUUAUGUGUCAAAGGCACAGUAUGGGAUGAGGCGACUGAGUCUUGUAAUCACGCUUGGGCAACCAAGAGAGAUGAUUGUAAAGAAGAACCAUCUGGGGAGGGAAGUUCAUCUAGUCAGCAAGUCGGAGGCUAUCCUCAGCAAGGUGGAACACCACCAAUCAGCACCGUGACUGAGGGAAGCAAUAGUUUUUCGUCGAGUGAGUCGUCAGUUUCAAGUGAAUCAACGGGAUAUCCAUAUCCAGGAAGCUCAGGAGGGAGUUGGUCCUCAACGACGGCCCAGCAAGGCCAAAUAAGUGGAACAAACCAACCAAGUGGAUCUGUUGUUUCAACUGAGGAACCGGACACACCUGAAGGUGAAGAAGAUAGUUCUGAUAGUGGAGAAUGUUCUUCAGAAGGGUUUAUGGAGGUCAAAAACAACUGCAAGAAGUUUAUAAGGUGUGUCUCUAAUGGCGAAGGAGGGUUCACAAAGCAUGAAUUCAAGUGUGCUGAAGGAACAGUGUGGGAUCAGACUCAAGAGACUUGCAACCAUCCGUACUUAGUCCAAAGGCCAGAUUGUGGAUUAACGACUCCUCGAGCUCCUCUAUCGGACUCGACCUUAGAUGAUUCAACAAUAACACAAACUUGGUCAAAUAGUACAUCUAGUAGUAGCAGUUCAAGCGCAUCGUCUGCAUCCUCUUGGAAUACAACGACUUCGAUAUCAAACAACAAUAACGGACAAACUACUUCGUCUGCUGGUGGAAGUCAGUCAGCUAUGGAAUCUAGCAGCAAUCAAAUGUCUUCUGCUUCUGGAGGUUCUACAACUACGACGUUAGGAAGUAGUCAAAGUGGUUCCGGCAGCUCACAGAACCAACAAUCAUCUUCUUCUGGUGGCCAGUCUCAAACAGCUUCAGCAGCAAACAAUCAGCAAUCUUCCUCCUCAGGAAGUAGUAGUCAAAGUACUUCUGCUGCAAAUAAUCAGCAAGCUUCCUCAUCUGGUGGUAGCACUCAAACUACUUCGUCAGGAAGUAACCAACAGGCAUCCUCUUCAGGAAGUAAUACUCAAACAACAUCAGCUGCCAACAACCAGCAAUCAUCGUCAUCUGGUAGUAAUACCCAAACCACAUCAGCUGCUAAUAAUCAACAGUCUUCGUCAUCUGGUAGUAAUACUCAAACCACAUCAGCUGCUAAUAAUCAGCAGUCAUCGUCUUCUGGUAGUAAUACCCAAACCACAUCAGCUGCUAAUAAUCAACAGUCUUCGUCUUCUAGUAGUAAUACCCAAACCACAUCAGCUGCCAAUAAUCAACAGUCUUCAUCUUCGGGUGGUAGUACACAGACAACUUCGGCAGCUAAUAACCAACAAUCGUCAUCCUCAGGAAGUAACGCACAAUCAACAUCAGGGAACAACCAACAAUCUUCUUCUUCUGGAGGUAGUAGUCAAACAGGUUCUACCGCAAGUAAUCAACAAUCAUCAUCAAGUGGUAGUGGUACUCAGACAACGGCUUCUGGAAGUAAUCAACAAUCAUCAUCAAGUGGUAGUGGCACCCAGACAACGGCUUCUGGAAGUAAUCAACAGUCUUCAUCAAGUGGUAGUGGCACACAGACAACGGCUUCUGGAAGUAAUCAACAGUCUUCAUCAAGUGGUAGUGGCACUCAGACAACGGCUUCUGGAAGUAAUCAACAGUCUUCAUCAAGUGGAAGUGGUACUCAGACAACGGCUUCUGGAAGUAAUCAACAGACUUCUUCAAGUGGUAGUGGUACUCAGACAACAGUAUCCGGGAGUAAUCAACAAUCUUCCGGUAGUCAGGGUUCAUCAACUACAUCAAAUCAGUCUGGAUCAACAUCAGGAUCAAACUCACAAACAACAUCGUCAGGAAAUAAUCAAGGUUCCACGAUUAGUGCUGGUCAAGUUACACCUCCUCAACAAACAACCACUCCUAAACCUCACCCGACUCAGAGUACUAAGCCACAACCGGGUCAACCAAGUUAUCCAAGCCAACCUAGUGGUCCCAGUCAACCGAACAAACCAAGCAAUCCUAAUCAACCGGUAUACCCCAGUCAACCGAGUGGUCCAAGCCAACCCGGUUAUCCCAGCCAACCUGGAUACCCCAGCCAGCCUGGGCACCCAAGCAAACCUGGAUACCCUAGUCAACCUAGUGGUCCAAGCCAGCCCACACACCCUAAUCAACCCGGAUACCCAAGCCAACCUAGCUACCCUAGCCAACCUGGAUAUCCAGGUCAACCGAGUGGACCAAGCCAACCCGGUUAUCCGAGCCAACCUAGCCAACCUGGAUACCCAAGCCAACCAGGUUAUCCAAGUCAACCUGGUCAACCUAGUCAACCAGGAUAUCCAAGUGCCUCCAGUCAACCAACGUACCCGAGUACACCAAAUCAACCUAUUUCCCAAGGCCCUUGUAAGCCAGGAGAAUGUCCAGGUGAAGGAUUCUACCCGGUGCAAGGAGAUUGCUCUAAAUUUAUUAGAUGUGUCAAUAAUGGAGCUGGAUACACAAAGUAUGAGUUUACUUGUGGUGCUGGUACUGUGUGGGAUCCAGACAUUAUCGGAUGUAACUACCCAGGAGCAGUGAAAAGGAACGACUGUAAGGACUCGAGCACUAGUUCAGCACAGCCAGGUGGGCAAUCAGGAUACCCAGGACAACCAGGACAACCGGGACAACCAGGUCAAUCGGGACAACCAGGUCAACCAGGCCAGCAAGGUCAGCAAGGAUAUCCAGGACAACCUGGACAACCAAGUCAGCCAGGAUAUCCAGGACAACCAGGGCAGCCGGGACAACCGGGACAACCAGGACAGCCUGGUGGGCAGCCAGGAUAUCCAGGACAGCCAGGACAACCAGGGCAGCCGGGACAACCGGGACAACCAGGACAGCCUGGUGGGCAGCCAGGAUAUCCAGGACAACCAGGGCAGCCGGGACAGCAAGGUCAGCAAGGAUAUCCAGGACAACCUGGACAACCAAGUCAGCCAGGAUAUCCAGGACAACCAGGGCAGCCGGGACAACCGGGACAACCAGGACAGCCUGGUGGGCAGCCAGGAUAUCCAGGACAUCCAGGACAACCAGGGCAGCCGGGACAGCUGGGACAACCAGGACAGCCUGGUGGGCAGCCAGGAUAUCCAGUACAACCGGGACAGCCGGGACGGCCGGGACGGCCAGGAGGAUCUGAAGGACGGCCAUCAGGAACAUCACCAAUGACUCCUGAGCCCACAACUCCAAAACCAACAAAUGGACAGUGUUCAUCAGAAGGGUUCUUCCCAGUCGAAGGAGACUGCAGUAAAUUCUUCAGGUGUGUGAAUAGCGGAGCUGGAUUUACUAAGUACGACUUUAGUUGUGGUCCAGGAACAGUAUGGGACCCAGAGAUCACCGGAUGUAAUCAUGCUUGGGCCGUUAAGAGGCAAGAUUGUGGAUCAAGUUCGGGAGGGACAGAUGAGAGUAAUGAGAUUCCAGGAUCAGAAGGUUCUAUUAAACCCAUUCACCAGGGACCAAGUCAGCCAGGUUAUCCAGGACAGCCAGGACAGCCAGAUCAACCAGGACAACCAGGACAACCGGGACAACCGGGACAACCAGGACAACCGGGACAACCAGGUCAGUCAGGGCAAUCUGGCUCACAACCGGGAUAUCCAGGGCAACCGGGACAACCAGGACAGCCAGGCCAGCCAGGACAACCAGGGCAACCAGGGCAGCCAGGACAUCCAGGACAGCCAGGACAAUCUGGUGGACAGCCAGGAUAUCCAGGGCAACCAGGACAGCCAGGACAACCGGGACAACCAGGAGGACAAGGACGGCCAUCAGGAACGUCACCAAUGACUCCAGACUCCACUACUCCUCAACCUGUAUCACAUGGAGACUGUUCCUCUGAAGGUUUCUUCCCAGUUGAAGGAGACUGCAAUAAAUUUUACAGAUGUGUAAGUAACGGUGCUGGGUUUACAAAAUACGACUUUAGUUGUGGACCAGGUACUGUCUGGGAUCCAGAGAUAACAGGUUGUAAUCAUCCCUGGGCCGUAAAACGUAAAGACUGCAAAACGGGCCCUGGUGGAACUGAUGAAAGCAAUGAAAUACCGGGAUCAAUGAAUCAAAACAAACCGGAGCAUCCAGGACAACCUGGUCAGCCUGGUCAACCAGGUAGCCAGUACCCAGGGCAACCAGUACAACCAGGACAGCCGGGACAACCAGGACAGCCUGGUCAGCCUGGUCAACCAGGUAGCCAGCCAGGAAAUCCAGGACAACCAGGGCAACCAGGGCAACCUGGUGGACAACCAGGAUAUCCAGGACAGCCAGGACAACCGGGGCAACCAGGACAACCAGGGCAGCCUGGACAACCAGGGCAGCCAGGACAACCAGGACAACCAGGACAACCAGGACAACCUGGCGGACAGCCAGGAUAUCCAGGAUAUCAAGGACAGCCAGGACAGCCUGGUCAGCCAGGUCAGCCAGGACAGCCAGGUCAGCCAGGACAACAGGGGCAACCAGGACAACCGGGGCAACCUGGACAGCCAGGACAAGGUCAGCCAAGCCAACCUGGUCAGCCGGGACAACCAGGGGAACCAAAUCAUAGUACCUCUCCACCUUGUGAGACAAAACCACCUAGCAAAAUUGUCUGCAACAAAGCAGGUUUCUACCCACAUCCUACGGAUUGCAAGAAGUUCUACCGCUGCGUUGACUGGGACGAUGGUAAAGGAGAGAGGUUCUCAGUAUACCACUUUGACUGUGCUCCUGGAACUAUCUGGGAUCCUGCAAUUGAAACCUGCAACCAUCCGGAGUCUGUUUACCCACCGAGAGAUUGCAGUGGAGGUGGAUCAUCACCGGGACCUAGCGAGGAAAGGAACAAUUCCACUGAACCAUCUACUGGGGGAACUGAACCAACCGAGGGAACUACUAACUUGGAGUCUACAAGUGAGGGUACUACUUACGAAUCAACGCCAGGAUCUACUACAGAAGACAAGACUACAGAGGGAACUACAAUCACGGAGAGCACGAGUGUUGAGACGACGUACCAAUCAACUACUGAGGGAACUACUAACACAGAGUCGUCUACUCCUGGUGCCACUGAGACUUCAACACCUGGACCUACUGAGACUUCUACGCCUGGAGGUACCGAGACCACCUCUGGAGGAACAGAGUCUUCAACUCCUGGCAACACCGAGAGUUCAACUCCAGGUACGGAAUCAACAACAGACUCUACGACCCCAGGAAACACCGAGCUCUCCACGGAAGGCUCUACCGGAACCCAACCCAUGUCUACUGACUCACCCUCAACACUCCCCCCUGGAACCGACACCUCUUGUCCGACCCUGGAGGAGGGUCAGAUCCAUCUGGUCUGCCCCACUGGCUUCCGAAGACACCCUAAACACUGUAACCUCUUCUACCAAUGCACCAGCUCUCCAGACAAUCACGAUCUCAAGGUUUUGGUCUUGAGCUGUGUGAAUGGAACUGUCUACGAUGAGAAGAAAGUGCAAUGUUUACCUCCAGAAGAGGCAGCACCUUGCCAAGGGACGAUGAUGGCUCGAAGACUGACCAGAAGACUGGCAGAUGGAUCUAUGCCUCCUGUGGAGGUCACCACCCGUCGCAGUCUCUGCCCGGCCGAAGGUCACUUCCCCUACGAGGGAGACUGCCUGAGGUUCUACAAGUGUCGUCGGUCCAACGGCCGCAUGCACGGCGCCCUCUUCCAGUGUCCAGAGGGCUACGUCUUCUGGGACGUCUCCAGAAGGUGCGAGAAGUCGGCGAAGAUCCCAGAAUGCUCGAGAGGAGGACCCAAGAGACUUUGGCGCCCGACUAGCGCGCCUUUAGAAACAACUGAACUCGGCGUGCGGUAGUUAGGUUAGGUUAGGCUUCCCUCCAAAAUGAAAUACUUUCCCGCGUUCACGACAUAGAUUCGUAGCGAACGAAUACACACGAAAAGUUCAAAUUGUAAAGAAAUGCGCGUAUGAACACAAAUUGUUAGGUUAGGUUUAGUUAGGUUUCUCUUUCAAAUGAAUUGCUUUCCCGCGUUUACGACAGUUUUAUAGUGAACGAAUUUCAUACAAAAAGUUUUUAGUUUAACAUAUGCACGUACACACAAGUUUUAGGCUGGAUAGGUUUCCCUCCAGAUUAAAUGUUUCCCCCGUUUGUGACGCAGUUAAUUUUAACAACCAAUUCCCACACAAAAAAUUACAAUAGCUAUAUUUGCUCAGGUCUUUACUCAUCUGUUAUGUAUUAUGUGUACCUAAUAAUACAUUCACCCAACACAGUAUACAUUUUAGCAAUCGUAAAUUUGUUAAAUUCUCUAAAUACUGCCUUAUUUACACUGCCAUUUUCUUAAACGUGCAUUAUUUACCAUAAUAUCACAAAUAUACAUUCCACAAAAUGCAACUUCGACUUAACUAAGGAAACUUGCAAUAUUCCACGUGCCAAACCAUUAGUAGCCUUUAAGUUCGUUUUCCAAGUUAGGCCUAUCUAGGAUAAGUUAGAGUUAAGAAAUUAUGAUCAUUUAGUCAAGAGAAACAGGAUUUUAAGAAAUAAACACCAUUUAAAAUGUUUUUAUACUAUAAAAAUAAGAUGUUGUAAACAUGUUUAUUUAUUUAUGUUUAACACGUACGCCAUAAUCAUUGAUUUAGCAAUAAAAUAAUUUAAUUCGUAACUAGCGGACUAAAUGACAGGCAUUAAAACAUUGUAGAAAAAUUUAACUUGAAAUUUAUUUUUGGUCAAUAUUAUACUAGUCCGCUGCACCCUGUGAAUAUAAAUAAGCUUAGGUGUAAAUGCUUUAUUUAUGUGCAUCAUUUGUACUAGGCCAUAUAAUGGUGUUAACUUGUUGGAAAUACACCAUUACUUCGUUUCAUAUCGAAUGUUCCGUUCAAAUUUCUGCACAUCUUUUACUUGCAGAAACGUGCAUCAUUCAAGAAACUUAUUUCAUUCACU